AUGACAGACAUUGAGUCCCUAAUUUCCCAGAUUAGGGAUGCCGCCAAGACCGCCGACUUGUCACUUCGAUUCAAGCUCAGUAUGCAGCUUCAAAGUCUGGCACAUUCGAUUGCAACCCCAGAACAGAUUAUGCAGCAUUACGGCUAUAUUUUCACAGAGCAGUUAGUAGCUAGAAUUGCUGCUUAUCUUGAUAUUUUUACUAUUCUAGCUCAAAGCGAAGGGGCGCUGAAGGUGGGGGACAUUGCUGUCAAAACAGGCGCUGACCCUUUACUUCUUGGUCUGUAGACUCCAUUUUACUCCCAUAUCUUAUUACUUAUCCUAGCUAGAUCGAAUUCUACGACACCUUGCCGCAACUUACACGAUAAACGAAGUUGGGGAAUCGACUUUCGCGGCUAACGACGCUACUAAGCUGCUAGCUUCCCCGGUGGGUUGGGGAAAUCUGAUGUUUGGUUGCAACAUUCUUAACAAGGCCUUUCAAGAGCUACCGAAGUUGCUUAAAGAGAUCAAAACCAGAACCCUGACCAGACUACCGAUACCUUCUUCCACCGAGCCUAUGACACGAAGUUACCUUUCUUUAUAUUCUUACAGCAAGAUGCAGAAACGAUCCGGUACUUCCAGUAAUCUAUGGCUGCAUUCGAAAGCCCCAUAUCGUGGACAACAGUAG